ACCAAAAUAUAAGUUGUACAAGUCGAAACAUUUACGUCUUGCAAACCCCAUCCUCGAAGGACGUCAAUAAAUAUAUUCCCUCUAACCCGAUAUCCCAUUCUCCCAAUCCCCUUCUAGCAAUGGCGAAAAGUUCCCGCGCCAGCACGCGCAAGACCAACAACCAGCGCCUAAAGGCCAAGGUCUUCGGCCCCGUCGAGGCAGCCCGAGCCGAACGUCUCUCCGCCAAGCUCCUCGAACUAGCUGCGCAGCCCAAACCUCAGCAUGAAGAGGCCGAGAUGAAGAUUGCGGACGGUGCUGAGGAAGAAGCUGCUGCUGCGGCAGAGGCCGACAACACAAUGGACAUUGACAGCGCUAAACCUACAAGCAAACGCAGCGACAAGAAGCGCAUUGAGAAGCGGAGGAAGACCAGCAAGAUUGUCUUCCCCAAAUAUGGUGACAAGAAGAAGACGAAGAGACGCUAGAUGCGAGGCGUAUCAAAGGGGUGGGUUGGGAUGAAUUGCAUUGUUAGGCGUUCGGUUGUGUUUU